AUGAGAGUGUGGAGGAGCAGAAGAGGCUCACUGUGUGUGAGGACUCUGGGAGGAGAGCAUGGAGGAGCAACAGUGCCGGUUUGCAGGCAGAAGGAGCUCACUGUGUGGGAGGACUCUGGGAUGAGAGCGUGGAAGAGCAGAAGGGGCUCGCUGUGUGUGAGGACUCUGGGAGGACAGCAUGGAGGAGCAGCAGUGCUGGUUUGCAGGCAGAAGGAGCUCACUGUGCGGGAGGACUCUGGGAACAUCCAUAGGGAGUGCAUUGGUGCUCCUCCUGCGGAAAGUGCCCCCUCCAGGAGGAGGAGAAGGAGCGGCUGGAUGUUUUGUGUGCCUGCAUACAACCAGAUCAGAAAACAUGUGUUUGUGGACACUGAGAAGAGCUGGUCUGAAGCUCAGCGCUACUGUAGAGAGAAGCACACAGACCUGGCCACUGUGCACAGCCAGGAAGAAGCAGAGCAGCUCUUAAAUAUUCCAGGAGCUUCUCUCAGGGAUUCCUGGAUCGGGCUGUAUCGUGAUGACACACAGAACUGGCAGUGGUCUAACAGCGAUGAUGUCAUCUACUCCAACUGGAGGGCAGACCUCUUCUGUGCUUCAGUCAAUUCAGAGGGAAAGUGGAUUGAUUCACCCUGCAACAUUCAAAAAGCCUUCAUGUGCUACAAAGAGACCAGCAACAUCACUGAGAGAUUCACCCUGAUUGAAGAACUGAAAAUCUGGACUGAAGCUCAGCAAUACUGUAGAGAAAACCACACCGACCUCGUCAGUAUAAAGAACGCCAGUGAAAAUGAAGAAAUAGUGAAGAAAGCACAGGGCAAGCCCUUCUGGAUAGGCCUGUUCAAUGAGCCCUGGAAGUGGUCACGCCAGGCGGAUCGCUACACAUUUCACAGCUGGGCCUAUUGGGAACCAAAUAAUUGGGGAGGCAAUCAGAACUGUGUGAUGAUGAGCCAGACAGGUGAAUGGAUCGACUAUGGCUGCAACUUUCAGUUGCCUUUCUUCUGCUGUGAUGGCAGCUCCUCUGGUCAGUGUUUCUAUGAAGGAACUGGGAAGACAUGGCAGGAAGCUCAGAGCUACUGCAGAAACCAAGGCAGAGACCUGCCCAGCAUUCAAGACCAGGCCAGGGUUAAUAAGCUUAUAAGUCUUAUACCUUCCACUAGUGACUCGGAUCACUGGAUUGGGCUGUAUCACGACAAAGAGAGUUGGCAGUGGUCCAGUGGAGGAGAUGUCAUCUACUCCAACUGGGAACCAUACCUCUUCUGUGCUUCAGUCAAUGCAGAGGGAGGGUGGGAGGAUUCAUUCUGCAAUCAGAGAAACUAUUUCAUGUGCUACAGCGAGAACAGUAACAUUGCUGAGAGAUACACCCUGAUUGUAGAACUGAAAACCUGGACUGAAGCUCAGCAGUACUGUAGAAAACAACACACUGACCUUGUCAGUAUCAAGAAUGCCAGUGAAAAUGAAGAAAUAGUGAAGAAAGCGCAGGGCAGGACCUUCUGGAUAGGACUGUUCAAUGAGCCCUGGAAGUGGUCACACCAGGGGGAUAACUACACAUUUCAUACCUGGAGCAACGGGCAACCAGACAAUCUGGGAGGCAAUCAGAACUGUGUGAGGAUGAAGACUGGUGGAUGGAUUGACUGUGGCUGCAACAAUCAGAACCCCUUCUACUGUGAGGAUUCAGACCCCACAAGCCCCCCUUCUACUUCGGUCUCUCAAGAAGCAGAAUCGUCGAGCGCCCCUUCCACUCCGGUCUCUCAAGAAGCAGAAUCGUCGAGCGCCCCUUCCACUCCGGUCUCUCAAGAUUCAGACCCCACAAGCCCCCCUUCCACUCUGGUCUCUCAAGAAGCAGAAUCCUCGAGGACCCCUUCCACUCUGGUCUCUCAAGGUAAGUGCAGUUUGAAGAUGGCAGAUUUUUUCAGUGUGAUUGACAGCCCACCAUGUGUCAUGUGA